GUCACAGUAUUAACUGCAGAGGAAAAAAGGACGGAGGGGGAGAGGGAGAAAGGAAGGAAUGAAGAUCAACCCUUAUGCCCAUACUUCUGAAACUUGAAGGUCCUGGGAGUCAGCUUAAAAAUAAGGGAGGACCAAUUUUUUCUUAUUUUUUUUCUUUUUUCUUGGUAUUUUUUUUAAAAGAGCUAGCUGGACAUGCCUCUCGCCCUUUGAGACGGAGCAAAGUGAGACAUUGUGAGCCUGCCAGCCUCGCAGAAAGCUGAAAGAGACAGAAUUUGUAGCAACAGAGAGCUCUUUUUAAGCUCUGCAUAUAAUUAAGUCCAAACACAAAGGAAGCCGCUGAAUGGAGGUUGUCACUCUCUGGAAAAGGGUGGGUAAGACACUUUUUAAUUUCAUUCUUUCAUGAAGAGAGAGAGAGAUUUUUUUAAUUGUUUUGUUCUUUGCUGCAACAUCUAAAAUGGACAGAGUCCCUUGUACCUUUUGAAUGUCUCUGAACUUUAAUGCUGUACAGAUUGCUGCAUGUGGUUUUCUUUUUUCUCUUUUAAACAAAUCUCCAAAGUGAAAUACUUGGCCCGAUGAUGCUCUUAUUUUUGCCUCGUCCCCAUCCCCUCGUCCCCUGUUUUACAUACAAUAUGAUGUAGAAUUCGUGCAAGAAAGGAAACUGACGAACAAAAGAUUCAAUGGACAUUCUCAAGCACAUUUGGGGAUAUUCUUGCUAAUGGAUUUCCUUCUUAUCGGUGUCUGUUUAAACUGGCUGCUGAGGAAGCCCCCGGGGUGGAUCCUGUGUACACUGGGUCUCUUUUUCAAAAUGCUUCCAGCUGUGAAUAGUGGGUGUCCGCAGCUCUGUCGGUGUGAGGGCAGGCUUUUGUACUGCGAAUCGCUCAAUCUCACAGAGAUGCCGCACAACCUGUCGGGCGUGAUGGGCUUGUCGUUGCGGUACAACAGCCUCUCUGAGCUGCAUGAUGGACAGUUCACAGGGUUAAUGCAACUCACGUGGCUCUAUCUGGAUCACAAUCACAUUUGCUCAGUGGAGGGAAAUGCCUUUCAAAAGCUGCGGAGAGUUAAAGAACUCACUCUGAGUUCCAACAAAAUCACACAACUGCCCAACACCACCUUCCGGCCCAUGCCGAACCUGCGCAGUGUGGAUUUAUCCUACAAUGAUCUGCAGGCUUUGGAGCCGGACCUGUUCCAUGGCUUGCGGAAGCUGACGACUUUGCACAUGCGGUCCAACGCCAUCAAGUUCGUGCCCGUCCGAAUUUUCCAGGACUGCCGCAGCCUCAAAUUUCUGGACAUAGGAUACAAUCAGUUGAAAAGCCUGGCUCGAAACUCGUUUGCAGGCUUGUUCAAACUCACCGAGUUACACCUUGAGCACAAUGACCUGGUGAAAGUGAACUUGGCCCACUUCCCGAGGCUCAUCUCCUUGCACUCCCUUUGCCUACGGAGGAAUAAGGUCACUAUCGUGGUGAACUCCUUGGACUGGAUAUGGAAAUUAGAAAAAAUGGACCUCUCGGGCAACGAGAUCGAAUAUAUGGAACCUCACGUUUUUGAAAGUGUACCUCAUCUCCAGUCCCUUCAGCUGGAUUCUAAUCGACUCACCUACAUUCAUCCACGCAUCCUCAACUCCUGGAAGUCCCUCAUGAGCAUCAGCCUUUCUUCAAAUGUCUGGGAUUGUGGCCGUAACAUUUGUGCCUUGGCCUCUUGGCUGAGCAACUUUAAAGGCCGCUAUGACAGCAACCUACUGUGUGCCACCCCUGAGUAUGCACAGGGUGAGGAUGUCUUAGAUGCAGUGUUUGCUUUUCACUUGUGUGAAGACGCAACAGACCCCACGAGUGAUGUCAACCUGCUGUCUGCUAUAGCUAACAACAGUGACCAAAUGUUCAGCUACAGCCCUGCCACUGUCAACUACGACAUGCAGGACACGGAAGGGGACAGAACGACAAAUGCCGUCACGGUAACUAUAGUGAACGAGAAUCCAGAGAAUGCGGUUCAGAUUCACAAGGUGGUGACGGGGACCAUGGCCCUCAUCUUCUCUUUCCUCAUAGUGGUUUUGGUGUUGUACGUUUCAUGGAAGUGUUUCCCAGCCAGUCUUAGGCAACUGAGACAGUGUUUUGUGACACAGCGUAGAAAGCAGAAACAAAAACAAACCAUGCAUCAAAUGGCUGCAAUGUCAGCCCAGGAGUAUUAUGUUGAUUACAAACCCAACCACAUUGAAGGCGCUCUGGUGAUCAUUAAUGAGUAUGGAUCCUGUACUUGCCACCAGCAGCCAGCAAGGGAAUGUGAGGUGUGAUUUAACUCUUUUCCGGUGGGGGAUUUAACUGAGUGUACAACCAAAUAGCAGUGGGCACAUAAAAAGACAGUUGGAUAAGGGUUGACUGUUGCUUACCAAUGCCCAUCUUUGAUGAAUUGUUAAAAAAAGAAAGAAAGAGAGGAGCUGUCCAAAAAGACUUGAUAUUUUUAGCUUUACUGUGGCUUAAUACCUUCAAGACAUUCAACUUUCAAAAAAGAGAUAAGCUAUUUCACAUAACAGCUCUCUUUAAAGAUCUCUAAAGAUUCAGAAAAAAAUUCCAAGAGUGUAAAGAAAAGUACCAAUUAUUGAUUUUUUUUUGUAAAAGAACAACAAAAAAUAUGUUUAAAAUAAAAGCAAAAUAGCAUUUACAAUUUU